GCAAAUCUCUUGCUGGCUCGCUCUACCUUUCAUUGUUCUUCCUACUUCCACUCUGCGACCUCCGCUGCUCCGCAGAUCCGAUCCUGCCACCUCGCUUCACCACAUGCUCGAACCUUAUUCUGCAUCGUGAUCUUGGAUCCGUGGCCCGUGCCCCCGAAAAUGUGGAGUUUCCCCGUGGCCGGAGGGGCCCCGGGGCUAGGGCCUACGAUCCGGCGUCCGGGCAGUGGGGCGUCGGCGGGGAUUCCAUUGGGCACCGAGAAGAGGGAGCGGUGCGUCAAGGGGAGGCGGAAGAGGAAGGAGUUGGCUUCGUCUGAGGAGGACUCGCCCAAGUAUGCCCAUGACUUGAUGGAUCAUGAAGCUAAACGCCUCAAGGGCAUGAACACUGACGAGAAUGGCAAUAUAAAAACUGAGGUGGAGGCAAAUUCAGGCAUCUGUAAUAAGUUAAAUGACCAAAAUUCUCAACCAGCUGAGCUACCAAAGCAAAACUACAUCCACGUGAGGGCCAGGAGAGGUCAAGCAACAGACAGCCACAGCCUGGCUGAAAGAGCAAGGAGAGAGAAGAUAAGUGAGCGAAUGAAAAUUCUUGAGGAUUUGGUGCCAGGUUGUAAUAAGGUAAUUGGCAAAGCAUCUAUUCUGGAUGAGAUAAUAAAUUACAUUCAGGCUCUACAACACCAGGUCGAGUUCCUAUCAUUGAAGCUUGAAGCUGUCACUACUAGUAUGAAUUCAGGUUUUGAAGUACCCACCUCUAAAGAUUUUGGUGCGCAGGGACAUGACACCAUUUCCCGUUUGACAUACACUCCGCAUGAGACAAGAGAAUUCGAUCAAAAUUCGACAACAGAUUGGCUUCAUAUGCAGAUUGGUGGUGCACUAGAGAGAGUGACAUAAUCAAACACAUUUCUCACUCCGAAAAUGAAUACCGAGUCGGGAUUAAGGUUACUUAUCUAUAGCCAUGUAAAAUUACAUUCAGAAAUCCACCUAAAUUUGUUAUGCCCCUAAGGUGAUGUCUCGAGAAAGAUUAACAAUUACUAUUAUAAGCGAAACGAUGGACAAUUUUUUUUCUGUUAGAAGUUGAUUGAGCUGUAGUUGAGUUGCUUCGUUGAGUUCUAA